AUGAAUAAUUCAUAUAAAGAAAGCAUUGGAGAGAUAAAAAGAAUAACUUGUAUAGGUGCUGGUUAUGUUGGUGGACCUACCAGUGCUAUGAUAGCCUUUAAAUGCUCUGAUAUAACAGUUACUGUAGUUGAUAUGAAUCAAGAGAAAAUAGAUCAGUGGAAUUCUGAUAAUUUACCGAUAUAUGAGCCAGGUCUAGACGAAUUAAUAAACACUUGUCGAGGCCGAAAUUUAUUCUUUUCCAACGACAUCCCCGCUGCCAUUCAAAGCGCGCAACUUAUUUUUAUUUCUGUCAACACUCCAACAAAGACUUAUGGGAGAGGAAAAGGAAUGGCUCCUGAUCUUUGUUAUAUGGAAUCUGUUUCAAGAACAAUUGCAGAGCAUGCAAACGGCCCGAAAAUAGUGGUUGAAAAGUCUACUGUUCCCGUUAAAGCUGCUGAAAGUAUUCGAUAUAUUUUACGGGAAGCAGAAAAAUUAGACACCAAACGUCUUUCCUUUCAAGUUCUUUCUAACCCUGAAUUCCUCGCUGAAGGAACUGCAAUGCAAGACUUGGCUAACCCUGACAGGUUACCUUUAUUAAUAUUUUAAUUAAAAGCUUGCAGAGUGCUUAUUGGUGGAGAACAGACCCCUGAAGGUCAUGCAGCCAUCUCUCAACUUGCAAGUAUUUAUG